AAAAGUCCAACCUGUGGUGGCAGCACUGUUUGAGACCUAUGUUCAACUUAAGCACUUGGACGCAGAGUCGACCAGGUUCAUGGGGUUUCUCCAACCCCAUUAUUGCAAGCUAGCUAUUUGGUGGUAAAGACCCAGCCCAGCUUAAGAUUGUGCAUACAACGGAAACACACCCCCUCAUCUGUCCUUCCCUUCCAAAUUCCUCACUGUGUACAAGCAAGGGGGACAGAAAGAGAGAGAGAAAGGAUGGAAGGCAGCACGGUGAUGGUGAGCUCCAAGAAUAAGAUGAUGGGCUCAAGCAAAGAACAGCUUUAUCACGUUAUUCAUAAAGUGCCUCAGGGCGAUACUCCAUAUGUUAAAGCCAAACAUGCUCAGCUGGUACAAAAGGACCCAGAAGCAGCAUUAGUUUUGUUCUGGAAAGCAAUAAAUGCCGGGGAUAGAGUCGACAGUGCACUAAAGGACAUGGCAGUGGUGAUGAAGCAACUAAAUAGAACCGAAGAAGCCAUUGAAGCUAUCAAGUCUUUCAGGGGCCGUUGCUCAAAACAAGCACAAGAAUCACUCGACAAUGUUCUUAUUGACUUAUACAAGAAAUGUGGGAAAGUAGACGAGCAGAUUGACUUAAUAAAACGAAAACUAAGAUUAAUAUACCAGGGAGAGAUCUUCAAUGGAAAACCGACCAAGACUGCCCGCUGCCAUGGAAAGAAGUUUCAAGUUUCCGUUAAGCAAGAAACUUCAAGAUUACUGGGAAAUUUGGGGUGGGCUUACAUGCAAAAAUCGAACUACCUGACAGCAGAGGUGGUGUAUCGAAAAGCACAGAUGAUUGACCCGGAUGCCAACAAGGCCUGCAACUUGGGCCUUUGCCUUAUCAAACAGGGCAGAUAUGAUGAUGCACGUUCAGUCCUUGGAGAGAUAUUGCGAGGUCAAAUUCCAGGCUCAGAAGACAUUAGAGCCAGGAGAAGAGCUGAGGAAUUGUUAAUGGAGCUGAAAGCCGUGCAGCCACCGUUGGAAUUGUCGGAUAUUCUGGGCCUUGAGGACGAAUUUGUCAACGGGCUUGAUAUGUUGAUGAAUGAAUGGGCCCCUGUUAGAUCCAAGAGACUCCCCAUUUUUGAAGAGAUCUCUUCAUUUAGAGAUCAAUUGGCUUGUUAAUAUUUGUUCAAAAGGGUGUUUGUGCUAUAUGAUUGGGGUAGGAUUACUUGUGUUAGAUAUGUAGGAAUAAGGUAUGAUGUAAAUAGUGUACAACUUCAUAUUCAAAACAUAUUUGCCUUUUUAAUAAGACUAGUUUUUCUUUUUA